CUUAUUUCAAUCAGACGUGUUUCCCAUCACUGAAUGAAACUUUGCUCAAACUAUACGAACAGUCCAAACAUCUCGAGAGGAAGGCCUCCGCCGACGAGUAUUUCACGCAUCACGUGUUGGGACAGUCGUCGGGUAUUGAGGAAACGGGAGGCAUUAGGUGGCCAUUGGCGCUGUCAUUACUGGCCGCCUGGACUAUUGUCUUUCUCUGUUUAUGCAAAGGCGUCCAAUCGUCCGGAAAAGUGGUUUAUUUCACCGCAUUAUUCCCGUACGUAGUUUUGGUCAUACUAUUUAUUCGCGGCAUAACACUGCCCGGCGCUAUGCAAGGCAUCCUCUUCUACGUGACGCCCGACUGGAAUCGUCUCUUCACACCACAGGUUUGGGGCGACGCAGCCGUUCAGGUGUUUUUCGCAUUGUCUCCGGCCUGGGGUGGACUCAUUACACUCGCCUCUUAUAAUAAAUUUCAUAAUAACUG